GCGGAAAAAAAACAAAACAAGCAGGUCAUGUGACUUGUGCUCGUGACGUGUAGUGCGCAUAUACGUUGCUGCACAAAAUCAAUUCAGCAGGAGCUUUGCAUGACACGAAGAGCAGACUUCCCACCAUGGCGGAUGACUUAAAAAGAUACCUGUACAAGCAAUUACAAAGUGUUGAAGGUAUUCAUGCCAUCGUGGUCACAGACAGAGAUGGAGUCCCAGUUAUCAAAGUAGCCAACGAUAAUGCUCCUGUCCACGCUCUGAGACCUGGCUUCCUGUCCACCUUUGCCCUGGCCACAGAUCAGGGCAGCAAGCUGGGCCUGUCCAAGAACAAGAGUAUUAUCUGCUACUACAACAGUUACCAGGGCAGAAAACACUCCACCACACAGCAGGCUAGGAACAUACAGCGUGCCACAAAAGUGACGACACCACUCACAUUUCUGCACAUAUUUGAUUGUAACUUUUUAUCGAAGUUAUUUUGAGGGGACAGUAAAUUUACACUGUUAUCCAAGCUGUGCACUGACUACUUUACACCGUAUCAGAGUGUCCUUUUAUUUAGUGUUGUCCUAUACGCAUCCAUUAAUGUCUAAACCGCGGCAUCAAACUAUGAAAAGAUAAUAAAAUAUUGCAGAACUAUGAGGGGCGUACAGACUUUUGUGACCUACUGGUCAUACUAGGGGUGCAACAAUACAUGUAUCUGUAUGGAAUUGUUGGAUACAGUGGUCUCGGUUUGAUAGCACUACCAAUCAAACAAUACUGUAACCCAGAUAUAGAUGUCACAUGACAUCAGUCCGAAGCAAUCAACGGCUAAUAUUGUGGCUGGCGGCAGACUGCGUCUCAAACGGCAUGCAAAACUGCAUUUUUCAUCUUUAUUAUGCACAUUCCGGGUAAACUAAGUCAGCGGUUGGACGCCUGUACAUACAAUAAAAGUCCUCGUUGCAUUUGUAGCUACAAGGUCCAUGUGAAACUUUAAUAAAAAAUAAGAAAAAAUAAAAAAAAAAACUGAACUCCACUAUGGAAAUGGUUUUCAUAUGGCAUAAGUUUUUUUUUUUUUAAUGAGUUGCCUUGACUUCGGCAGUAUUGUCAUGACUAAUUAUGUAUAAUAAUAAUGUUGAAUUGAGAAUUAUUUAUUUUUUUGUUUUAUUAUUUUUAUAAAGUGCUGUUUGUUUUAUAUGGUUCUAACUUCUAAAAAAGGACAGCAGGAAGUAAGGCAGGUGUAGCUGCACCACGUACAGUCAUGGAAAAAAUGAUUAGAGCACCCUUGUUCACCUUCAGUUUCUUGUUCAUUUUAAUGCCUGGUACAACUAAAGGUAGCUUUGUUUGGACAAAUAUAACAAUGACAACAAAAUUAGCCCAUAAGAGUUCAAUUUUGUGGCAGUACAAUGCUGUAGCUAUUCAUGUAAGAACUUAAGUGAUUUUGGUAAUUAUCAAGAAAACCAUGGAAUUUGCUAGAUAUCAGCUCUUAAAUUCAACUCUUAUGGGCUAUAUUUGUUAUCAUCAUUAUAGUUGUCUAAACAAAUGUACCUUUAGUUGUAUCAGACAUUAAAAUGGAUCAAGAAACUAAAGAAACAAGGGUGGUCCAAUCAUUUUUUCCAUGAGUGUACAAUACACUCCUGAAAAAUCUUAAAAAUCUUAGGACCAGUUGAAAAAUUGCUAAUAUUUGCAUUUUGCACAUUUGGAUCAUAAUGAGGUUUUAAGUAGAGCUACAAUAUGCAAAAGCAAGAAGGGGGAGUGAGACAAAAAAAAAAUAGGAGCUUGUAAUAAAAAAAAAAAAAAAAAAGAAAUACCAUAGGUUGUUUAUCACCUGAUCAAAAGUUUAGGACCAUCGUUCACUUCAAAAAUGGCUUUGGGCAUGCUUGAUGCGAGUGUUUCCAGGAGGCUCGUGGGAACAUUGCUCCAAGUGGUGAAGAUGGCUUCACCAAGGGCAUCAACUGUCUGGAACUGAUGGCCAUUUUUAUAAACUUCCCUUGCCAUCCAUCGUCAAAUGUUCUCUAUGGGAUUUAAAUGAGAGGAACAUGCAGGAUGGUCCAAAAGAGUGAUGUUAUUCUCCCUGAAGAAGUCCUUGGUCAAGUGAGCAUUGUGAACUGCAGCGUUGUCCUGUUGAAGAACCCAGCUGUUACCACACAGACGAGGGCCCUCAGUCAUGAGGGAUGCCCGCUGCAACAUCUGCACGUAAGCAGACGCCGUUUGACGACCCUGCACCACCUGAAGCUCCAGUGUUCCACUGAAUGAAAAAGCACCCCAGAUCAUGAUGGACCCCCCUCCCAGUGCCGGGUAGAAAACAUCUCAGGUGGGAUCUCCUUGUCAUGCCAGUAACCUUGGAAGCCAUCUGGACUGUCAAGGUUACAUUUUUUCUCAUCAGAGAAUUAAACUUUUUUCCACCUUUCAAUGUCCCAUGUUUGAUGCUCCCUGGCAAAGUCUAAACGGGCAGUUUUUUGGGUGUUGAAGGAGACGAGGUCUUUGAAUUAGUUGUUUAGUUUUUAAACCCUUU